UCAAAACCUUAAAAAUUAUGCAAAUUAUGAAACUGACAAAACUUUGAAGUCCCAAACCUAAGGCUAUACACGGUGUGAUCCAUUUAGGAGAGAAACUCCUGACCCUUUUGGUUUCUACUAUGACUAUGCUCGCAACACAAAUUGGUGAAACUGCAAAAAGCAAAAACAUCUUCGCCACAACCAUCGUGUACUAGGUUUCGUGGUGUCUGGGGUUUUAAUUUUGUUGCCUGAAGCAUUGGUCUCUGUUGUUCAUUUUCUGUAGUUUGUGAAGUAACCCAAGCUAUGGACACUUAUAAGAGAUGGGUCAGGCAGAACAAAGACUUUGUCCACUCCUUGGAGUCUUUGGCUAAUGGGUUGACGUGGCUUCUUCCUGAACGAUUCUCUGACUCAGAGAUUGGACCAGAAGCAGUGACGACCAUUCUGGGGAUUAUCACGGCUAUCAAUGAACAUAUAAUUGAUACAGCCCCUACCCAAGAUGAUAGAGGCUCUGUUGGGCCUUAUUCGUUUCCUUAUUCACUAGGCUUAUCGGCAUUGAAGGAUUUGGAAACAUUAGUUGAAGUUGUGGCACAACAAUACUAUGGCGAUGAUAAGAAAUGGAGUUUCCUUGCUGUUACUGAAGCUACAAAGAUACUGGUUCGGUUAUCUUUGUUUCGGAAGAGUGGAUAUAAGAUGCUGCUCUCUGGUGGGGAGACUUGUAAUGAUGAGACAGAUUCAAAUAGCUUGACUUCACAACAUCAAAUAGGAUUAAAUCAUGGUAGGAAUCAAGGCUCCAGUUUCAUGAAAAACAAUCCCGGUCUUGACCCAUGGAAUCUGGAAGGAAGAGCAUUGUCUGCUUUGAGUAAAUUUGGAGAGAAUGCCAGGAUUGUGUCGACACCAGUGUGGUUGCAGAGUGUUCAACACCAACAAGCAAUGAUGGAGCCUCCAGCAAAGAAGCCAACAACACUCUUCAGCAUAUUCUCUGAAAAGGGUCUUAGCGGGGCGCUGUUUUUUGUUGGAGAAGCACUAUUUAUUACAAGACCUCUCAUUUAUGUUUUAUUUAUUCGAAAAUAUGGUGUUCGGUCAUGGAUCCCUUGGUUCCUUUCACUGGCUAUUGACUGCAUAGGGAUGAGUAUUCUAUCCAUAGUUACAUCAGUGGCUGGUGGAAAGGAGCAAAUGUUACAUCUUUCUGCCCCAGAAAAGGAUGAGGUUAAAAGAAGGAAGCUGUUGUUUGUACUAUACCUAAUGAGAGAUCCUUUUUUCAGCAAAUAUACCAGGCACAGACUUGAAAGUGCUGAGAAAGUUUUGGAACCAAUUCCUUUCAUAGGAUUUCUUACUGCAAAAGCUGUUGAACUAACGAUUGGAGCUCAAACAAGAUACACUUACAUGUCAGGAUCAUAAUAUAACAUUAAAUUGAAUGCUUCACUACCCUCCAAGAUUCUGGGAAGAUAUUCUGUGCGUUCUUGUGCUUCCACAGUGUCUUGUUUCAGAUACCUUAAAUUUCAAGAAGUCAAAGUUGCUACUAUUUUGAUUAACAAGAAGGCAGCAACACUUGAACAAUAAUUCAAAUUGGGAUAUUCUUUAAGAUGUUCUCUUAUACUACACAUUUGGGGUGGCUGGGAUUGAUACAGUUUUUCUGAGCAUUUAUUGGCAACUUAAAUUU